CUAACAACUACACCUCUACCUGUCCUAUCCAAACCACCACUUCCACCUCACACCUCAAUCCUCAAAUCCACCCUCCUCCUCCGCAUACCACGUAAAUUCACUCAAAAUGACCGCACUAUUCAACUUCCAAUCCCUCCUCCUCGUCCUGCUCCUAACAAUCUGCACCUCGACGUACGCACACUACGUCUUCCCCGGGAUAAUGGACCGGAACAAGGACAACUACCUCGUGGGACCGUUCUGGAAGUGCGCGAGGGUCGGCGAGAGGCUGAGCCCGUAUGUAGGGAUUGCCUGUGUCGUUAUGGCUGUUGUUGAGUUUGUGGGGUGAGUGGGAUUACGGUUAUCGAUUCAACCGCGUCGCAUCGCGAUGCGGGGACCAGGUGUGAGGGCAAGCUAAGAGCGGGAAGUGCGGGAUGCGUGGCGGACGGUUGAGCUUCAUGGGGAUGUGAUUGCGGAGGUGCAUAUGCCGCGACUUGCAGUCGUACGUUUUUGGGAUUCGGCGUCGUGAGGGAAGGGAAAGAAAAGAUGUAGGCGCAAGGUCGACAAUACACCCGCGGCAUAUACUUGGAACGGACGCCAUUCCUCGCGAUCCCGACGGGCGCAUAUUCACCAACACCAACAAACGAACGCACACUUCCCCAGAAAUCUCAAGGCGCAGAAGAGACACA